GCGCUUAAACUCUUACCUCCCACCCCCCUCCUCCUCACCAGCCUUUCUCUUCUGCCUCGGUCACUUCCUUCCUCAGUCUCUUCCUCCUCGGUGUGUUGAAGAAGAUAACCGGGUCCGGCCCGACGCUGCACCAGCUUUUCCUCGGAAAAGAAAAAGAGGCGGAUAGGUGAGUGUAGGCAGCAAUGAACGUGGAUCACGAAAUUAACCUCUUAGUGGAGGAAAUUCAUCGUCUGGGUUCAAAAAAUGCUGAUGGGAAGUUAAGCGUAAAAUUUGGGGUCCUCUUCCGAGACGACAAAUGUGCCAACCUCUUUGAAGCAUUGGUGGGAACUCUCAAAGCUGCAAAACGAAGAAGGAUUGUUACGUACCCAGGAGAGCUACUUUUGCAAGGUGUUCAUGAUGAUGUGGACAUUAUAUUGCUGCAGGAUUAAUGUGGUUUGCAUAUCUUUGUUUAUUGUUAUUUUUUGUUUCUGGUCAACUGGAAUGUUAAGUCAAGGGACAAACACAAGCAUACUUAAUGUAUUUUUAUAGAACUUUGUAAACAAAAGGAGACUCUUAUUCUAAAAGUCUGUCUUUUUUUUAAUACCUUGAAAGAAAAUUUAUGUAUUACACUGUCAAAUAAACAAAACCUAUUUUUUUUCCUCAGGAAUCUGAUUGGAAAAAUGUAGGCAUUGAGGCUUUUUUGGUAGGGGUGCAAGGGUGUUUCAUAAAUCAUUCUUAGACAAUUUCUACAGAUAUUUGACAUUCCAUAAAAGCAAGAGGCAAAACUGAAGACCAGCUCCCACAAGGAAUAUUGUAAUGUUUAUGUAAUAAAAACAUGUAACUAUG